AAAAUCUUGGCGAAUAUUGCAGGUGCAACAGGGUCACACUGCCGGCACGUCACCAGACAAAAUAAAUAAUAUUUUUGAUUUUUGGGAUCCUAAUGUUCUUAAGUGGGUAAAACAAUGGACAAGGACACCUUUACCCUGCAGACCAUCCGGCAGGACCUCAUCGAUAACAAUCUUCAGGCAAAGGCAAUUAUACAGGAUAUACUAAACAGCCGUACUUCGAUCGCUGAACUGGAGGAAUUGAACGAAGCUGGACGAGCAAAAUUGUCCGCCAUCCGAAAGAGCAUAGAGAGGUUAGAUGACUGGGCACGGGACACGGCGGACGCUUUGCUAGCCAAGGAAGUCGACAACCAUCGUGACCAGUUCUCCAAAACCCUUCAGGCGUUUCGGAAGGCUAAUGUGUCCACUAUGCUGGAGAUUGAGAAAGCCAACCGCGAGGAACUAAUGGCUAUAACCGGCGAGAGUGAGCUACGUCAGCGGUCGACGGCGCGGGUGCGUCACAACCAAGGCAGUUUGGUGUCGCAGGAGAACGACGUGACCGAAAAGAUGUUGGCCAUUUCUCGACACCUGUCGGAAACGACUCAGAAGAGCGCCAUUACGCUGGAGACAUUGGUGGCGUCUUCUCAAAACGUGGAGGCCACCAGCGAUGAGCUGCAAAACACAGCCGGCAGCAUUACUAUGUCUGGAAAGCUUCUAAAAAAAUAUGGUCGCCGCGAGUGCACCGAUAAAAUGCUGCUUUUCUUUGCCUUCUCCCUAUUCCUCGCUUGUGUCUUCUACAUUGUUCAGAAGCGUCUGUUCUAGACGAGCAAUUCCUUUUGUUGCCUAAGAAUUAGCUUUAGUUUAAGUGCUGCGCACAUGACCAUAAUUAUAAGCGCUAACCGCUCGUAUUUAUAUUUAUUUAGUGAAAAUUCAAAGUUGUACAUUCAAUAUUGCUUUUGUAAAAUAUAGUGCAAGCUAAAAGGGA